GCCUGUUUUGUUUUGUUCCUCUAAUAACUAACCACAAUAACCUAUUCCCAACACUUUCUGAACCAAUUACUACAAGAUGACUGAAGUGAAAGAAUGUCAGUGCGCUGGAGUCGAUGCUACACUGAAGCCAGGUGGAGAGGUUAACACGUUGCCGAACAAAUGUGAGCGCGAGGAUAAUUGGAUUGCUAUGGAUCCUUCCAAGAUUGAAGAGAUCAAAAAGUUUGUAGAGGAAGACUACAAAAAAAGGACAGGCAACAAUCUGAUGAUUGAGUCUAUAAAAACCACCUCGAAAUCCCCUUCAGGUGUCAUUUACUAUGGGCUUACUUUUACAGCUAAUGAUGGCAAGGAAUAUAGAGCACAAGUAAAAGAAGAAGUUAAUGAAGAGCUAGCUAAGCAGCUGAUGUGCUUUCAGCCCAUUGAGGUCGCUUGCUACUGAGAAUGACUAAACAUAUAUGCAUUCUGUCAAGUAUUUUAGCUUGUGGUUGAUAAUUAUGGAUGUUUCUGAUGUAUUGCCAACUUGUGGAAGGUGCAAUUAAACCUCCAAAAUUGCACCCAUAUGUUAAAUAAACUAGAAGGAUAUCACCACGUGAUACAUGGUGUGAUUAUAUAAUGUAUACAUGCCCAACUAGUAAUCAUGGCCUGAGUUAAAAGCAUUGAUAUACUAAAUUAAGGAAAGUGAAUAGAGUUGAACAUUUUGGUUA